AUGGCCCUUAAUGACUCUGAUGUGGGCUUGGAGGUUGUCUUUGAGAUCGACCCUCUCCUGCAGCUCUCUGAUGUCCGCCUUACACCUGACCCAAUGGUGUCAGCAGUGUUGAGUCCAUGGGAUGUGGCCCAGUGUGUGUCAGGUGCCCUGAUAUGCUGCGAGAAUGCAAUAAUCAUGGUGACCAUCCUCUCUUCAGCGUCUUUGCGUGCACCUAUGUUCCUGCUUAUUGGUAGCUUAGCUUGGGCAGACUUCCUGGCAGGUGUAGGACUACUGCUGUACUUUAUGUCUCAUUGGUGUGUAUCCUCAAGGGGACUGGAGCUGGCUAGUGUAGGCUUGCUGGUAAGCGCAUUCAGUGCAUCUGUUUUCUCCUUGCUGGGCAUUACCCUCGACAGGUUCCUGUCUCUCCACCGAGCUCUGACGUAUGGCUCAUGCCACACACACACACACACUCGCUAUGCUCUGGCUAUGGGAUGGGCUCUAGCAGGUCUGCAAGGGGCUCUUCCUGCUUUAGGUUGGAACUGUCUGGACGAUGGACAGUCAUGCAGCAUAGUGUGGCCGCUGACCAGAGCACAUUUAGCUACACUGUGUGGGGGCUUUCUGCUGGCCCUGGCUCUGAUGCUGCAGCUCAAUGCCUGGAUCUGCCAAGUUGUCCUGCGCCACUCCCAUCAGAUUGCCCUACAGAGACACACACUGCCUUCUGCACGCACACACACACGCCGACGUGUGCACACUCUUGCCCUCAUCCUUGCCAUCUUUGCCAGCUGUUGGAUCCCCUUUGCCCUCUAUGGUCUCUUCGGGGAUGGAUCAUCACCUGGCCUAUACACAUAUGCCACUCUGGUGCCAGUCACAGGAAACUCUCUGCUCAACCCCUUGAUUUAUGCCUACAGAAACACACACAUACAGCGUGCACUGAGGCAGGCUUGCUGCUGUUGUCUACCAAACACAUUUCACAAAAACACGCACACGCCAAGUGAUGUAUAA